AUGUCGGACGCAGCAGACGCGCAACAGGCGCCAGUCAAGCAGGAGGUGAACGCCGACCAAACCCCUGAGUUGGCCACGGCUGAUGCCAGCACCUCCUUGGACGCAGACGCUGACGGCGAAGCGGAUGCAGAGGGUGACGACGAAGACGCCAACACUUCUGCGCAGGUCAAGACCGAGGCGGAAGAUGUUGCGCAAAGCGAAGCGCAGACCACCGAACCUGCACCACAGCCUGUCAAGGCAGAAGCCACCGACGCAUCAGCACCCAAGUCGGCGCCAGCACCACAGCAAGAACCACAGAGUCAGGUACAGCCUCCGCAAGUUGAAGCUACCAGCUCACACCAGCCUCUGCAGCUCCACAAGAACAUGACGGUCGAGGAGAGGAAGCAGGUCUUCGAAGACCGCAUCCGGCUUGAGCCACGCGACGGCGAAGCCUGGCUCAACCUCAUAGAAGAAGCGCAGUCACGAGAGGACAUGGAAGCGACAAGAGCACUGUACGAGCGCUUCUUCAACAUCUUCCCGAAUCAAGCCCGCCAGUGGCUCGCCUAUCUCGAAUUAGAGCUCGCCCACGGCAACUUUGCACAAGUCGAGGCCAUCUUCACUCGCUGCUUGCGCACAACCCCAUCCGUCGACCUGUGGAAGUUCUACCUCUCAUACACACGCCGCGUCAACCCACUGCCACCAUCCACGGGCGCAGAAGAGGACCCACAGCGCGAGCAAGCGCGGAGGGUGCUUGAGGGCGCAUACGAAUUUGCACUCCGAUUCAUCGGCAACGACAAGGAUGCCGGUUCCAUCUGGACCGAUUACAUCUCGCUCAUCAAGGAGAGGGAAGCCAGAGGCGGCUGGAAAGAAGGGCAAAAGAUGGACGAUCUUCGUCGCGUAUAUCAGCGUGCGGUCAGCGUGCCCCUCUCCAACAUUGAGGCCAUCUGGAAGGACUACGAUGCGUAUGAGAACGGCCUCAACAAGCUCACCGCCAAGAAGUUCCUCGCUGAGCGCUCGCCUGCGUACAUGACAGCGCGUCGUGUGCUCAGGGACCUCAAAGCGUACACCGACCCACUCGUCAAGCCUCUGCUGCCGCGUCCACCUGUCUGGACCGCCUCGACGCUUCCAGGUGACGCCGGCGAAGAUUCUGCACAGUGGGCGCGCGAGCGUCAGCAAGUCGAAGCGUGGACAGAGUACCUCAAGUGGGAAGAGUCCAACCCCUUGCUCCUCGAGGAUCAAACCACGCUGCAGGCCCGAGUGACCAGCGCGUACCGAAAAGCGACCAUGUUCUUGCGCUUCUAUCCCGAAGUGUGGUACCUUGCGUCACGAUACCUCCUUUCGACCUCUCGCGGGGAUGAGGCCGCGACGUGGCUCAAGAACGGAAUGGAAGCAUGCACCGGUAGUUUCCUUCUCCACUUCGCCUAUGUCGAGCUGGGCGAAGCGCGGAAGCCGACCAGCGACUGCGCGGCUGUCUUUGAUGGUCUGCUCAACCACAUUCACGCUCAGAUCGAUGCACGACAGGCUAAACUGCAGCAAGACCUCAAGAACGUCGACACGGAAGCCGAGAUGGCAAAAGCACAAGCUGCUUCGCGACGCACCAACGAAGGAGAUGGCGAUGUGGACGUCGAUGGCGAGGAGCGUGAACGGGAACGCAAAGCGGGCGAGCAGGUGCAAGCGCGAAAGCAGGCCCUGCAGGCAGCGGCAAGUCCGGAGAUCGAAGGCUUGAAGGAAGCUAGCGCGCUCGUGUGGAUCAAGUUCAUGCACUUUCUUCGACGCACCGAGGGCAUCCGAGCUGCUCGUGGUGUCUUUAGUCGCGCGAGGAAGAGUCCGCACUGCACGUGGCAAAUCUUCGAGGCCAGCGCGCUGAUGGAGUAUCACUGCUCCAAAGACGCCGUUGUCGCGACCAAAGUAUUCGAGUUGGCGCUCAAGACUUUCGGCUCUGACGAAGCCUUUGUCGUCCGCUACCUCGACUUCCUCAUCUCGAUGAACGACGACAGCAACGCACGCGCGCUGUUCGAACGCGUCAUCGGCACCUUCUCCCCUGAACGAGCUCGUCCGAUCUGGGACCGAUGGUCCAAGUACGAGUACAACUUUGGCGACAGCGUUGCGAUCCAGAAGCUCGAAGCGCGCUUGGCUGAGUCGUAUCCGGACGAGCCGGCGACGAAACGGUUCGUGGCACGCAACUCGUACAUGGACCUAGACCUUGUUGGUCCGCGCGACCUUGGUUUGCAAGCCGCAAUCCCGGGUGCCAGCGCCGCCGACCGCGCGGUGGAAGCGGCCAAAGAGGGUGGCGCUGCCGACGAGGGCCCACGACGCAGAACGAUGCAGGAGAUGAAGCGGCUCGCAGCCGAGAGUCUGUCGGAUGAAACGUCGGCCCGUCCAGGAGCUUUCGCCGCCGGUCCACCCGUCAAGAAGUUCAAGCGCGACUCUGCUUCCCCUGCACCAAGCGGGUUUGGUCAGACCGCACCGCAGGCAGGACCAAGAGACGCGUGGAACGAGCUGCCAGAAAGCGUGCUCGUGUUCAUGGAGAUGCUCCCCAGCGCCCAGCUGUUCGACGGACCCGUAUUCAAGGCUGAGGACAUCAUUGAUUGUAUUAGGAGCGCCAAUGUGCCGUAUGGAAACGGGGUGACGCGGUCGGCUGGCCGAGGACGAUUCGUGCGCUGA